AUGGGUGUAACCCCGUUCCACCUUGUAUACGGCGGUGAAGCGGUCGACCCGGUUGAAGUCGGGGUCGAAUCCAAUUGGGUACAAUACUAUAGCGAAGAUAACGCUGAGCGGAGGCUUCUGGAGCUGGACUUCGUGGAUGAGACUCGCGAUAAAGCAAUCGUCGACGACCUCGUGUGGAAUAAGGUGAAGCCGGUCGGCGAUAUCACUAAACUAGAAGCUCCAUGGGCUGAACCAUUCAAAGUCGUGGAGAAGCUCUACUCCGGAGCCUACUACCUAGAGGAUGAAGACGGGACGGCAACUAGAACAUCCUUGGAGCGCGAACCAUCUCUAGCCGUACCGUGUUGGAUGAAAGGUGCGCCAAUGUAA